ACUUGGUUUGUUGUGUAGUUAAUCAGUUAGACAGACUGGCCAGCAAUACCGGCAGGAUGCUGCCAUCUUUUCUGUAUGUGGUUCUGAUAGUUUUACAAAUCUGCAUUAAUCUGGAAGCAAAACUAAAUUAUGCUCUUAUAUUUCCCAGCACAAUUUACGUUGAUCAUCCAAACCAUAUAUGUUUGCAUUUUGAAGAUGUAAAGGGAGAUUGCAAUGUAAUGAUCACUCUAACCAUAGGAAAAAAGACCACUCCACUGUUAAUGGAACGAUACCAGAAGAGUGCAUCAUACUCAUGUAAUUCAGUACAGAUCCCUACUGAGUUGGGCGUCAUCCAUCAAAGUGGUACCAUAUUUCUUUCCAUUCAGACUGCUGAUGAGUUGAUCCAUGAGAGUAGAAGAGUUGUUAUAAUUAAUAAGAAGAAAAUGGACUCAAAACCUCAAAUGUUGAUCCAAACUGACAAACCUGUGUAUAAACCCGGCCAAACUGUAAAAUUUCGUAUGGUGUCAAUUAAUGGAAACUUCCAGCCAGAAUAUAUGGAGCUUUCACUUGUAGAAUUACAGGAUCCAGGAAAGAAUAGGAUUGGCCAAUGGUUGAAUGUCAGUCUCACACAGGGAAUGGCUGAUCUUUCUUUCUCACUCUCCCCUGAGCCUCAACUUGGGGAAUAUUCCAUUUGGGUAAAAGACAAAGUCCAUACCUUUAGUGUGGAAGAAUAUGUGCUACCAAACUUUGAAGUCACCCUUGAGCUUCCUAAUCUUAUAACAAAAAGCAUGGAGACAUUUCCAGUAAAGACAUGCGGCAGAUACACAUAUGGAAAACCAGUUCAGGGAAGUUAUAAGUUCAGCAUAUGUCAAAAAGUUACACCUGAGCCCUACCGUUAUGGACCUCCAAUUGCUAGGCCCUCUGGCAUCUGUGUUAUCUUUGAUGGAAAGUUGGAUCACCUGGGUUGUGCCAUAGACACCGUAAAAACUUCCAGUUUUCAAUUAAUAAGUAGUCCAUAUAUGCAUUCCCCAACAAAACUUGAAGGAGUGGUCACUAUCACAGAAGAAGGGACAGGAAUUGAACUUUCUACAACUAGUGAAGCAAGUAUAGUUUUUAGCAGCACUGUAUCAUUUUUGGAUCCAAAGUCUAUUUACAAGUCUGGCCUGCCCUAUUAUAUAACGGUGAAGGUGACGGACUCCAAUAAGAGGCCUAUUCCAGGCCAGGAAGUGUAUCUCACCUGUAGAGGUUGCAAUACAUCCAUCAUCGAUACUUUGGUGACAAAUAAUGAUGGACGUGCUUUUACUAUCAUACAAGAUACAGCCAAUUGGACACAAACACUGACAUUUAGGGCUUCAACAAGCAAGGAACCCCAACCUGGUGUUUUCCUAUGGAACUCUGGUGAUGCUGAUAUGGUUGUUUACCCACUUUAUUCUCCCAGUAAGAGCUUCUUAAACCUGCAACCUUUAGAGAAAGACCAGACAUGUGAUUCACAGCAAGAGGUCAAUGUACAAUACAUAAUAAGACAUUCAGCACUACAAAAAGAUGCUAAACAGCUGGAUUUAUAUUAUCUGAUAACUUCCAAGGGCCGAAUACAGUUAUAUGAUUCUCAGAAAAUAGAAAUGAAGAAAACUUAUACAGAUUUACAAGGGGAGCUUUCCUUUAAAUUUUCAUUGGACGUCAGUGAUUCAAACUCAGUUCAUGUUUUAGUGUACAUGUUGCUACCAAACGGAGAAUUAGUUGCUGACAACUUAAAAAUCAAUAUGAUGAGAUGCUUUAGGAAUAAGGUAUCAGUAGGAUUCUUUCCAGAAGAAGUUCUUCCAGGGUCAGAUGUGUCUCUCAAGGUUCAGACUACUCCUGGAUCCCUCUGUGGUCUGAGGGUGGUAGACAAGAGUGUGGUACUGAUGAGACCAGAAAAGGAGUUGACUGCAGAGAAAGUAUAUGAUCUCUUCCUUGAUUCUCAGCUUACAGACUGGUAUGGGAUGACUAUGUCAACAGACUCAGAACUCAUUCCAUGUGCAAAUGACCCAAGUGGAGCAUAUUACUCGAACGCUUUUAGAUAUAUACCCAAAGAUGAAGACAUAUACAAACUGUUUGAGGACAUACAAAUAAAAAUCAUAACUAGUGCUGAAGUUAGAAAACCUGUAGACUGUACUUAUGAUCCGGCUUUGCCAUUUGGAGGUGGUAUUGGAAUCAUUCCAAUGUAUACUAGAGGUGGACCAGUCGCGGCAGAUGGUAUAAUAGCAGGUCUUGGGGGAGCAGGUGCUGGGUUCGCAUCCCCUCAACCUUUAGGAGCCUUUCCUGGGUUUGGGAAUGAAAUUUCAGAUCCAAUAAAAAAAAUAGGGAUCAUUAGAAAGUAUUUCCCAGAGACUUGGAUAUGGGAGUUGACACCUAUUGGUAACUCUGGUACGACUGAGCUGCAUCACUCAGCUCCAGACACUAUUACAGACUGGAUGGCCGGAGCCAUGUGUAUGGGACCAGAUGGGUUUGGCAUUUCACCCCCUGUAUCCUUAAGAGUUUUCCAGCCAUUUUUUGUGGCCCUUGCCUUGCCAUACUCUGUGGUCCGAGGAGAAACAUUUAUUCUAAAAGCCUCUGUGUUUAAUUACUUGAAGCAAUGUAUAAAGGUCCAAACCACUUUACUACCUUCCCUUGAGCUAGAACAGGAGGCCUGCCCACAAUGUCAGUACAGCAGCUGUCUGUGUGCAGAUGAAAGUAAAACAUUUCAAUGGAACGUAAAAGCUGCAAAGCUAGGGGAGGUGAACAUCACUGUAAGAACAGAAGCUGUGAACACCCCAGACCUGUGUAAUAAUGAGGUGCCCCUUGUCCCUAAACAGGGGAAUGUUGACACCGUGAUAAAGCCUCUUAUUGUUAAGCCAGGUGGGGUGUUGGUGGAGAAGUCUCACAACUCUAUGAUCUGCAACCAAGCAGGACGAGAAAAUUUAAAAACAGAAAACAUCUCACUGAAGUUACCGGGAGAUAUUCUAAAAGAUUCUGAGAGAGCUUAUCUGACUGUUGUGGGGGAUAUGAUGGGCACAGUCCUUGAGCACUUAGACCAUCUGCUGUCCAUGCCUUCUGGUUGCGGUGAACAAAAUAUGGUUCGCUUUGCCCCAAAUAUUUUUGUUCUGCAAUAUCUAGAAAAGACUAAGCAACUGAACAGUGAAAAUAAGAAUAAAGCCACUAACUUCAUGAAGAAUGGAUACCAGAGACAACUGACAUAUAAACGUGAUGAUGGAUCGUACAGUGCAUAUGGUAAAGGGGACCCAGAAGGAAAUACAUGGUUGACUGCUUUUGUUGUAAAGUCAUUCAGUAAAUCUCGACCUUACAUCUUUAUUGAUGAAGUUCAGCUCAACUCUUCUUACGCUUGGUUAACAAGAAACCGAUACUACACUGGAUGCUUCCAAAAUGUGGGAAAGCUGUUCCAAACAUCCAUGAAGGGGGGAGUUGAAGAUGACGUGUCCCUAUCCACCUAUGUAACCAUAGCCUUAUUGGAGGCAGGUAAAUCUCCACAUGAUCCUCUUGUUAGAGAUUCAAUUCUUUGCCUGCAGCGUUUGGCUCUGAAUAUUAAUAAUAUGUACACCCAAGCCUUGCUAGCAUAUGCUUUCACAUUAUAUGGAGACACUUAUUACAGGAAGAUCUUACUGGACAGACUGGAGCAAAAAGCCAUUAGAAGGGAUGGACAACUGUAUUGGCAACCAAAACCUCAGGUCAGAACAGAGGAUCCAUUUUGGAGACAGGCUUCAUCUACAGAGGUGGAAAUGACAUCUUAUGUGCUCCUGUCUCUGCUCUCAGCACCUACUAAAAACCUGGUCUAUGCAGCAGAAAUUGUGAACUGGUUGAGCAAGCAACAAAAUGCUUUUGGAAGCUUCUCAUCAACUCAGGACACUAUUGUGGCUCUUCAGGCCUUGGCUUUAUAUGCAGAGGCCACGUUCAGUGACAAGGCAGAUGCAACGGUAACCGUGACUUCAACCAGGGGAUUUCGAGAAGAGUUUAGUAUGAACAAGGACAACCGACUUCUGCUUCAGAGAACAUCACUACCAGAUGUGCCUGGAGAGUACACAAUAACAUCAAGUGGGAGUAGUUGUGUCUAUGUACAGGCACUCCUGAGAUAUAAUGUUCCCCCUCAGAGGAGUGAUGCUGCCUUCAUGAUCCGAUUGGAAGAGAGAACUAUUCAGUGCACCAGAGGCAAACCCACCAAGCUUCAAAUCAACAUUUUUGUAAGAUAUACUGGAUCACGUCAGAAAUCAAACAUGGCUCUUAUUGAAGUGAAGAUGUUGUCAGGUUUUUUUCCACUUAAGAGCUCAAUAGAACAGUUAAAGGCUUACGGCAUAAUUAAGAGGGCAGAAGAAGAGGAUGAUACAUUGACGCUCUACAUGGAUGAGCUUGGACACACAGUCACCAGUUUUGCAUUAUUAGUUGAGCAGGAAUAUCCAGUGAAGAACUUAAAGCCAGCAGCUAUAAAGAUCUAUGAUUACUAUGAGAACGAUGAACAAGCCACUGCAGAAUACAACUCACCCUGUACUUGGAUUUGAAAGACGAUUGAAGAAGGAUUUGCUAAAUGUUAACUUCAGAUUCCGGCCGACAGAAUAAAUGUUCCACAUAUUGAAAAUGUUUAUCUAUAAAUUAUUCUUAAGCUUGUAAUGAUAAUAAACACAUUUAAUC